AUGACGGCUCAGAUUUUGUCGUCAGAGCUUGGGAAUCUGAUUCAAGAGAGUAAACGGAAAAACACCGAGUUACGAAAUGCGGCUGAGAAAUCAUUAGAUGAGCUGAAGGCUUUGAGGACAACUUCAGAAGCUCAAAUAGCCGCGGACCUCUCUCAAAGACCCAACUUCGUUACUCCUUUUCUGAUAUCCUGCUCAACCAAAAAUGUGAAGUUCACUGGCAUCAGCAUAGUUUGUCUCCAGAGACUUGUUGUAUCACGUGGACUCCCCCGAUCACGACUCCGUGAGGUCCUUGAAGCAUUUCGAGAGGCUACGUCUGCUGGGCUUGAUGUCCAACUCAAAAUCCUCCAAGCUCUUCCUAGUUUGCUGCAAAACUAUGCCGACGAUCUCAAGGGGGAGCUGCUGGCGGGUGCGCUAAAUAUAUGUACCAUUCUUCAAGCGAGCAAGAAUGGCAUUGUCAAUAAUACGGCGGCGGCUACGUUACAACAACUUGUCGUAAGUGUUUUCGACAAAGUCGUUGCUGAGGAUAAAAUUGCCCUGGAGGUACCAACGAUUGGGGAAGCGCCAAUUGAAAAUGGGACUGUCCAGCUUCGAGCAGCGGCGUUGGACGCUUACAGGGUAUUCAAUGAUUUGUGUCUGUUGACCGAAUCUCAAAAACCUCGAUUUUUACGCUCUGCCGGCAUGCCUCAAACUUUUGGCUUGGAGCUGAUCGAAUCAGUUCUAACCAACCAUUCCGAGAUAUUCCUCACUCAUCCGGAGCAAGCCAACAUUUUAAGAACAAGAGUCAUGCCUUUUAUUAUCAACUCCCUCUCAGAAAAGUUGAACUUUGCGGUAACGGUAAGAAUAGGAAGAAUUUUGUACACUCUACUCAGACGUCACCUAAGCAUUCUUUCUUCCGAAGGGGAAAUGGCUCUUGGUCUUUUAACAUCCAUGCUCGAUCAUGAUACUGCUCUCUGGAAACGAUCUUUAUGUAUGGAAAUACUGAGAGGUAUCUUCGCUGAGGCUCCUCUCAUAAGGCGAAUAUUUGCCAUGUAUGACGCACAGGAUGAUAGAAAAUCGAUUCUGAGAGACUUGGUAGCUGCAUUCGUCAGAAUCAGCACUGAGAAACCAGCAGUAAUCGGACUUGGAUCUCAGUCAACGAUACCUGUUGCAAGAGACGGUUCCUCUGGAUCCGAUCAGGCGAUGCUUGAAGCCAGUGGUGUGGCAGGUAUCAUUACGAGUUCGGUCGGAUCAAAUGAGCCAUCAGCCGGUAUCAGUACGCAGUGGAGCACGAUGAGAGUACCGUGUAUCGACCAACUGGACAAGACCGAUCCACCUGCUAUACCAGAGUCCUACAUUUAUAGUUUGACACUCUCAUGUGUCAGCGGAUUCUCUGAAGGCCUUGCGAAAUUCAUUCUACCUUUAACAGUACCGGAAAGACCGCGGAAGAAAGCGACACGGCAAGCCGAAGACAGCAAUCUUCCCCAAUCUCCAAGAGGAACAUUAGAACGGCGAACUUCCAUCAAGAAAAACCCUGUGCCUGUAAAUCCCUUAUCACUAAAGGAACAUCCUCUAUAUGUCGACAUCGAGAUUUGCGCUGGGAUUGUGGAUGAAUGCUGGCCAGCAAUCUUAGCCACUUGCUCGACUUUCCUCAAUGCUUCAUUGGAUUCCGAUUACUACCAUGGACUGGUCAGGUCGUUUCAGAAAUUUACCCACGUGGCUGGGCUUUUGCGAUUAUCAACACCUAGAGACGCUUUCCUAACAACCCUUGGUAAAUCUGCGGUUCCAUCAAACGUUCUUUCAGCAAGCGCUGCUCAGGCUCCGACCCCCGCUACUCCUCCGACAGAGUCACCCAGCAUGUUUGCAAAUGCCAAAGGUCUCUUGAGCGUCGAAAGCUUAGUUGGACAUGCGUCCGCAGCGGUAGAACGGCAAAGACAACCCUCCAUAGAUGCGACUCCGAUAUCUUUGAAUACACGCAAUUUGCUCUGUUUGAGAGCGCUGCUUAACUUGGGUAUAGCUCUUGGCCCAACUUUGGGCACAGCUUGGGGUAUCAUUCUUGGUACUUUACAGGAAGCAGAUUUAGUUCUUUUCUCUAGCGCUAAACCGUCGCGGACGCCAGUCAAUCAAAAAGAUAACAAUGCCAGGAAUGGUGUCGACGAUUCCGCAUUAUUGGCAAAUUUUGGGUCAGAGAUCAAGGCUGUCGAAACAGCGGCAUCAAGAUUGCUGGAAAGUACAGUUGACUUUCCUAAUGAAUCCUUUCUCGAGGUAGUAACUGCAGUAUGCUCUUUGUUUGGCAAGGACGACGUGACGAUACCAGUACAGGAUCCUACUAGUCCCAAAUUACCUUCCAGAGAAACGCGGCGUCCUUCUACAUCACACUCUAUGUCUCAUCGAAGAAUUCACAGCAUCAACACAGCUCCUGCCACACAAAACCAGGAGGAUCUUUUUGCUUUGGCCAAGUUGGGAGAGCUUGCAACCAUCAAUAUUGAGCGUUUAAUGGCGCAUGAGCCUAGUAUGAAUGGUUGGACUAUUCUUUCGUCUGAUUUAAUCGGGGCUGCAUGCUCAACUUCUAGGCCUGCUUCAGUGCGACUGAGAGCGGCAGAGAUCCUGGUUGGACUAGUUCUCGAGGCGGCAGGAAACACCUUGUCCCUCCCAGAUGAAAUCAGAAGCGACGUACAAUUACGCCUUCUUGAGACUUUCAGAAGCGCACUUUCACCGCUUGAAUCUAACUCACGUCCUUCAUCUGCGGCUGUCCAUACCGUUGAUAUUGAUGUUCACAAAGUUAUCCUCGAAGGCUUACGGAGUAUACUCGAACAAUGCGGUGAAUCUUUCAUCACUGGGUGGGAUAUCGCAUUUGAGAUCAUUGGAAGUGUCUUUUUUAAAUUCGAAGACGCUGAUAAUCGCACGGCCAAAACCACGACUCGUUCAGCAAAGCUCAUCCGGUCUUCCUUCGGCUCACUCCAACUCAUUUGCUCUGACUUCCUUUCUUCACUUCCGAAUCCUUGCUUUAUUAUACUUGUUGAUACCCUGUACCAUUUCUGUACUCAAGAUGAUGAUCUUAACAUUUCACUGACGACCGUAACAUUCUUCUGGGUGCUUUCUGAUUUUAUUUCCGGCAGAACUAGCUCUUUCUCUCUCAGUUCAGACCUCAUCAAAGGAUCUGACGAAGCGUCGUUGAUAAAGAUGGCAUCGGGAAGUGACAUUGCUAUUUCUGAUGCUGCGUUGUGGAUGCUCUUACUUUUACGACUUACUGCAGUGACUAGUGAUGAUAGACUAGAGUUGAGAAACAGCGCCAUUCAAACUCUUCUUCGCAUAUUUGAUGCAUACGGCGACCAGCUUACUCCUGAGGCCUGGUCAAUGUGUCUUCAAUCAGUCAUUUUCAAAUUGCUCUCUUCAAUGGAAGCGCAAUUAGUCAUAACAUGUAAUCCGGAUGCAAACGUCUCCGAUAAAGAUAGACUUGGAUGGUACGAAACGACUGUGGUUGUAUUGAACGGAAUCACAAGGCUUUUGGCAGACUAUCUCGAGACGCUGGCUCUUCAUGCUAGCUUCCGAAUCGCAUGGGCAACUCUGCUCGAUCACUACAAGUCUCUUCUUCAAUUCAAAAUCCUCGAUAUCAACACAUCGGUCUUUGUCUCGCUUCGUCAGAUCCUAUCUAAAGGUAACUUACCGGAGUCGGAGAAGCGAAGUUUUGAUGGUUCAUCAAUUGAUCUUGCCUGGGGUCUCUGGUCGGAUUCGCUGCCAAUUGUCCAGCCAGACGCCGCAGAAAAGCGAUUUGACAACCAAAAAUAUCUGGUAGCAUAUGUAUCCGCUCUGCAGGAAAUAUACCGCUUGAUUCAAAAUGAUCUUGACGCUGAGAAGGUGCACAGGAUGCUAGAACUGCUGCGCGAAGCGAUCCAACAAGCUAGUGCUGCUACUUACACUGCGGAUGUUGACUAUUUGACACCACUUCAAACACAAGUUCUUGAGAACUUGAAGACUAUCCGGACCGACAUUGAAGGAGUUCCUGGAGCUCUCAUUGCUCAAGUCGCCGAGUUUGUUGCUUUGGCUUUCGAACCCAAAACCAACAAUUCCGAGACUCAGCGACCUACUUAUGUUGCUCUUUCAAAAGCUUCGAUGAGUUUGAUCGAAAACUUGGUUCUUGCACACUCCACUGACUUGGACAUCUAUACAUCUGGUGCUCUGACUUCUGCCGUUAGUGCUUUAGCAAAACCUGUUAUUCUGAAAUACUCAUUUCCGAUCAACACAAGAGGUCUGUCGCCUUGGCGUCAAGCUACCGCCUCUGCACUUGCAAUUAUAAGGUCUAUUCUUCCAACUCUCACUAGUGGCGAGCAGAAGGAAGACAUAACGAGAGAAAUAUGGAUGUCGAUUGUUUCGAUCGCGAAUGCAAUUACCAAAGCAGAUCCGUCUGUAGCCACCACUGUUAUUGACAUACAAUCGGACCAAGAGUUUGAUAUCGAAUCCUUCCGAACUCUACGUACUCUAAUAACUCCGGCACUUGGAUCUUCCACUAUAUCCGAUAAGACGAGACGCAUCUACACGGACUCUCUCUUCCAUACCUCUCUGAUCCAUGCUCCUCUUCCAUCAGAGCUUCCAUCCGCCACUCAGGAACUUCUGGGAACCCUCUACAAACCACGUAAAGGCCAAACCAUCGACCCACCUCCUUCCCUUCGCUCGAAGAUGUCAUAUGUCUGCUUCGACGAGCUGGUCUCUUUGAUAUCUCUCCAUGACUCUUCUCCAGCGCGCGUCAAACUCGCUCAAGCAGCAGCUCCCUACCUCAUUCUUCGCGCUGGUCUCACUUUGCGAGCUUACAUUGCCGAUCAACCAUUACGAGGCCGAAUGCCACAGCCUCUAAGUCAACGUAAAGAACUUCUGUACAUAUUGAAAGCGCUGGUAGACUUAAGAUGUGAGCCAGAUGGGAUUCCUGAUGCCCCGGGUGUGGAUAGUGAGGGCAAGAAACAUUUACAUAGGCUCUACCCUCUAUUUGCAAAAGCGGUAAGAUCCGCGGCUAGAGAUCAGGAGGUACUGGAGUGGUUAGGUAAAGCGCUUGAUGAGGUUGGUAUGGAGUUUGGUGUCUAA